AUGGCCAACUGGAUUAUCAACACCGGGCUUACUGCCUUCAUACUGGUGAGUUAUGAUGUUUAUACUGAAGGAAUUUCAAUGUUCGUAUCGCAAAUCAGACUUUCUAACGGUAAAUGUGUUUUUUUUUUACGCACAGACUUCGUGCCAAAAAUACCAAACCACAGAUGCGUAAACUGUAUUUUCCUUGCUGUUACAUGUAGAAUGUUGUCUGUGUUUGCAGAUCGUAUGGAUGGGUAUCAACACCUUCCUUUUUGUCUGGUUUUACCUCUUUUACGACCUUGGGGAUCGCUUUUUCUACACUCGUCAUCUUUUAGGGGUAAGAAAUGCGCACAGAAGUCAGCUAAGACUUUUUCUCUUCCCCAUAGAGUAAUAUAAAUGAUACAUUUUUUAAUCUUUUUUCAGUCUGCCCUUGCCUGGGCCAGAGCCCCCGCUGCUGUCCUCAACUUUAACUGCAUGCUGAUCCUGCUCCCGGUGUGCAGGAACCUGCUGUCCCUGCUGCGCGGCUCCUUUGUGGUAAGAUGAAGAUGUUUGCAUGUCCAAGAAGGGCGAGGUGCCCUCUAUACACGGUUAUUAUCCUUCUAAGGUGGAGUAAUGUCAUGCAUAUUGUGAAAACUAGUUUGACUUAAACAGGUAACCAUCUCAUAGUUUCCGAGCAAACCUCUUUUUCCCUGUUCAUUUAAAGCUUUUAUAUGUAUCCAGUAGGGUUGUCCCGAUACCACUUUUUUACUUACCAAGUACAAGUACGAGUACUGACAUAUAAGUACUUGUCGAUACCAAGUACCGAUACAAGUACUUAAUAAUACCAUAGCGACGACUUUAAAUCAUGAUUUUUAUUUUUUCAUCAAUGCUCCCUGAACAAACAUGGCACCACUGCCAUAAUUCACUUUCACAACUUCCACAUAUUUCCAAUUGCCAAUACUUUUACUUCUACUCCACAAUCUAAGAUGCAAAUAUAGCCUAGAGCACAUACAAUAUAACAUAGUGUAAUUGUAAACAUACAGAUAAGUGAUAACUGCAUCAGAUGUCUCUAUCACUGUAUCAUAUACAUGCAGCAAGUUACAACUACAAGAACUGAAUACUGAAAAAUAACACCAGUGCUGUCUGUGAGGACUAAGCCUUUCUCAUACAAGCCAGAGAUAGGUUCUUUUCUUUUGGUUGAAAAAAAUAAAUAAAACAAAAUAAUACAAUCAGAAGACAAGUCAUUUUAAACAACAUAUUCAGCAGCACUACACACGUGGGAUUAAUCCCAGCCCUUUUCAUUCAGUCUGAACUCAAGAGAGAAUAUAAAAUAAAUCUAUAAAAUAAAAUAAAAAAAAUCGUUCACAUGCUACAAGUAGUGCUACACACAUUUCUGUAAAGGGGACUAGAGCUUAAAGAGUGGAGUGAGAGGCAGGAGGAGUAGUGCAACAGCUUCUGUUAUUUGGACCCACCGUGGGUUUGAUUUUGAUAGCUUCUCUCGCUUUUCCAGGGUUUCCUCCAAAGUUGGUUGCUUUGUGCUGCUGCUACUAGCGGUGGAAAACUCCUUGUACUCAGCAUCGUGCUUGCUCUUAAGAUGUUUGAUCAAGUUACUCGUGCCAAACGAACUAGGCUUCGCACCUCCUCGUGACACUUUCACGCCACACAGUUUGCAGUCGGCUUUGCAAUGGUCAGCAUCGCUAAUCUUAAAAUACGUCCACACGGCCGACAUUGUUUGUUUUCCUCCUCCUCGGAACGCACACCGUGCCCACCUGUUUAGCUUCUCUUACCCCCCCACAAGCUUCCGCACGGCAGCGUGAUGAUGACGUAACAGUAUCGGGUGCUGUCGCAAGUACAAGUACAAGUACUUAAAAUAGGCUAGUAUCGGGGCAAGUGCCGGUGCUGGUAUCGGUACCGGGACAUCACUAGUAUACAGGGAUUCGAAGUUGUUAUCUUUGCGUAUUUUGCAGCAUUUUCUGUCAGUGUUGCACUUUGAAGGUGGUUCAGACUCCAAAUAAAAUGAAUUAAAUUAAAUGUAAUGAGUAAAAAUGAUUGAAAACGUAAGCAAGCACAUUUUUCCUUGAAGGUCAACACCAACUUUUUUCAAGGAACAAACCAAGAAAAGUUUGGGUUGAAUGGAGUAUAAUGAGAUAUAUUGAGAUCAAUUCAGCAUGAUGAGUUUUUUUUUUCAACAAGUUGUGAGAUAUCUUUGUUUUGCAAGAAUGGUUAGAUACGUUUCAAUAUAACCAUGCAAAUAUAUCACGAUCAAUCAGUUUCUGCUUUGCUUUCUGCCAAAUGACCCCUGAGUCGUUAACCACAACUUGAACUGAAACUUUCAGCCAAGAUUAACUACCUCGACGGACAGUGAGAGUUUGGCACUUCCAUUUAAGGGGACACAGGAUGAAAAGUUUGGAAACUUCUGUCCUGUCAUCUGGUUAUGUGUGUGUUCUACAUAAAACUACUCAGUUUUACAAUUAGGGAGAAAUGUGUGAGCUUUGUGCAGGAAGCAGCAUUUUUUUUCUGUUUCAAAACCUGUAUUUUCCCUUUGCAUGAUGAAAUUUCCACCUCAAAAUGUCAUAUUAACAUUCACUACAGAGCAAGGGGAAUAAGUGCACCGGUGCCCCGUGGCAUAGAGCAGUUUUCUCUUUUAUUCAUCUCUUUUUGCCCCUGCCUGAGUAUGUUCUUGAAGUUUUAACAUUUAUCUAUAUAACUGAAUAUAUAACUCCAGCAGUAAACUGGACAAUUUAUCCUUAUAUCUUUUAAAACACACUCCUUUUGGAUGCAUGCUUGGUAAAUUUUGGCUCCAGCCAUCUUCUCACUUCCUUUCUUUCCUUUGUUAUCUUUUCAGUGUUGUGGCAGAUCAAUGAGGAAACAAUUGGACAAAAACCUGAGUUUCCACAAACUGGUUGCGUACAUGAUCGCUCUGAUGACAGGUAAAUUUAUUCAUGCGAUUCACUUUCAGUCUCGACAAUUGUUCUGUGAUGGUUGUGGUUCACCACAGUCAUGUUGACAAGUACAAACAACAACUCUGAUUCCUCCUAACAGGAAAUAUUCUGACAGUAACUCAUAAAAGCUAAGGCAUGAAAAAUGUCUUUCUAAUACUAUCUAAUGAUUCAUGCGAUGAAAUUUAGUGGCGUCAGCAGUAUGAUUUUUUUUAUUGAGAGUAAAAUGUAAGUCAAAGAAGAGGGGGGAGCAUUUUAAAUAGCGUUAAUUUCAAUGUGUAUUUUCUGCCCUGACGUCAUUCAAUAUGCUGCUCGAGUUUUUUAACCUUAGUGCACGAGAUCCGACUUUUAACUAAGUUAAAUGUUGCUCAAAAUUUGCUGCAAACAUUUUUUUUUCGACACAGAGAACAUAUCUCUAAAGGAGGCAUGAUUCAUAUUAAAUUGUAGUUAUGCAGCAGCAGUCUCAUCUCCUCUCUGUGUGCUGACAGCUGUCCAUAUGAUUGCUCACCUGUUGAACGUGGAGUGGUACAACAACAGCAGGCGAGGUGUUUACGAUAAACUCAGCACGGCCCUGUCCAACCUGGAGGAUACAAACUCUACCACCUACCUGAACCCCAUCCGCACCACUGAUGUUGUAAGUUUCUAUAACCCUAUUUGAAAUUUGGAGGGACUCAUUAUUUGCUUUUAAUCUGCAGGAACUUUACUAGAACUACUUUGAGGAAGUUUGUGUAUUUUGAACGCAGGAGCCAGGGUCUAAUUUAAAGGUAUAUUCCGGCGUGAAAUUAAUGUAGGGUCAAACACACCGUAACACCAAGUUAGACACCCCCUUAAGAGAUGAAUGUUGCUGACCGCUUGCUUCUCUUGUUAAACCAACUUUAUUAACAACAGCAAUACAGAGAGCCACGCCCUUAACCAAAACACCACUCUAUAGUCACAAAUAAUGCUCAGAACAGCACCUAACUUCAUCAACAGUACAUAUAGGGUCCUAGCCACAGCACUAGCCACCAAACAUCUUUUUAGAUUUGCCUAAUUUCUUUAGCAAAGAGACUAAACACAACUCACCUACUUUCUUCCAGCAGCUGCUUGUUUGUACCUCGGGCCAGUCCAUUACGGACUGUUGCGGGGUGACGCAGCUCAAGGAAGAACAUUUAUGAUCAUUACUUCAUGGAAAUGCAAACAGACCGAGACACUUAGGCAGAAGAACUACCAUGUCUGCAGUGCGAAAUGAUGAAUAUUGUGAUUAUAACUUCAAGGAAAUGAUAAAGAAAUGAUCAUAAAUGUUCUUCCUUGAGCUGCGUCACCCCGCUGUAGUCCGUAGCGCAUGGCUCUCGGUAUUGCUAUCGUGCAGUCAUUACUAAUGUUGGUAUAACUAGAGAAGCAGGCAGUCAGCAACAUUCAUCUCUUGAUGGGUGUCCAACUCUUAAGGCGUGUUGGACCCUAACUUAAUUUUACGCCGGAAUAUCCCUUUAAGUUCUGGGCACUGAUUUACCUCUUUGGAGACACGUUUUUACCUCCUCUGUUCUUCUCCUUGUUCUGUUCUUCAUCAGGAUGCUCAGCAGACCCCGAGCUACCUCGUCUUCACCACCAUCGCCGGUCUCACGGGUGUCAUCAUCACUCUGGCCCUCAUCCUCAUCAUCACCUCCUCCAUGGAGGUCAUCAGACGCAGCUACUUUGAGGUCUUCUGGUACACCCACCAUCUCUUCAUCAUCUUCUUCGCCGGUCUUGUUUUUCAUGGAGCCGGGUAAGGGAUCAUCUUUUUUUUACACUUUGUUUUGUUUAUUUUGAAAGCAGGUUUAACUUGUAUUUGUGAUGUACAGGCGCAUUGUGAGGGGUCAAGUGACAACAGAUCCUCCCCACAACUUCACGUUAUGUAAGGACCGCAGUGACGAAUGGGGAAAAAUUCCCGAGUGUCCUAUCCCUCAGUUUGCUGGAGGAUUCCCACAGGUUUGUUUUUCAUCCAUAUUUUUAUGGCCAUGAUAAAACAUUUUUAUGGCUAUGAUAAAAAUGUAAACACUUUUACAUCUGCACAUGCUGCUACAAAUAAAAGGCUAAUUCUUGGUUCAUAUUUUCUUGAUUUUUUCAGACCUGGAUGUGGGUGAUUGGCCCCAUGGUUCUGUAUCUGUGUGAACGCCUGCUGCGCUUCAUUCGGUACAUGCAGACAGUCAAAUACAGAAAGGUUUGUUUGAGUCAUGAUUCAUCUUUUCCGUGAGACUUGUUCUGCAGGUUGUGUUAACUCACAUCUAAUCCAAUGGUUUUACCAGAUUGUGAUGAGGCCUUCCAAGGUGCUGGAGCUGCAACUGGUGAAAAACGGCUUCAAAAUGGAGGUGGGCCAGUACGUUUUCCUCAACUGCCCGGUUAUCUCCCAGCUGGAGUGGCAUCCGUUCACCAUGACCUCUGCCCCUGAGGAAGACUUCCUCAGCAUCCAUAUUCGCUCGGCUGGGGACUGGACCGACAAACUCAUCAGCAUCAUGCAGCAGCUGCCUGAGGGAGCGCAGGGACCCAAGUGAGUACAUCAUUUAUUUAAAAGGUCUACCUUAUUGUGCCAGCAGACUGGAUAUAUCUUUACAUUCAGUGAUAUCAGAGCAAUUAUUGUGAGGUUCAAUACAAUCUCUAUGUAGCAGCGCCAGCUUUUUGUGGUUAAAACCUGAACCAGCUCCCACACAAACUCUCAGAAGUUCCAAAAAAGAUCCUGCAGGGUGGAAAUUCAUAAAAUCUAAAGGAAAUAUUUGCCAUUGAAAAAUUGACUCUUAUAAUGAAACUGCUUAUUUCAGGGCCAGUCACAGAUUGAGUUUUGAGUUGAGUGAUCCACAAAAAGAAAAUAGGAAAUAAUAUAAAAGAUUUAAGAGAAAUAAGAAAUUGAGAAAAUAAGAACACAUUUUUUCUGAACGAUUUUUCUUGUAAAUCGCCUGAAAAUCAGAGCUCAAGACCACUUCUUAAAUGCAAAUAAGCAGCAAUGAAACAAAGAAGCUGCUUAAGAAAUAGUUAAAAAAUAAUCAUGAUUUAAUUAUUUUUUUUCAAGUUUUUUUUUUCUGACAAUUUUUUUUUUAAGCUCAGGGGACACUAUAUUACAACAGAGAAUUAGGGCCACAUUAAGAAAAAAAAAAUACGACUUCGAGAUUAAAGUCACUAACUUACGAGAAUAAAGUCAUUACUAACGAGAAUAAAGUCUUAAUGAAAUUAUUACUUACGAGAAUAAAGCCUUAAUAAAGUAAUUACUUGCGAGAAUAAAGUCCUAAAGUAAUCACUUACGAGAGUAAAGUCAGAAUAAAGUCCUUAUAUUCUAACCUGUUGUUUACGAUGACAGUUGUUGAAAUGAGCGCCAUGGAGCAUUUCGUGAAAAUGUACUUCUGUGUAGGUUUCUCAAACAAGGAGAUACUUAAUCUUUUGGCACAUCAGCACCAUAAUAUUAUAAGUAUAGUAGUAGUAGUUGAUUACGACUUUUCUCGAAGUCUUCUUAAUGUGGCCCUAAUACUCUGUCGUACUAUAUAGAUAUUGCAGUCAUACAUUUUUGUUAUUGCCUAUGUUUAUUUUAUGUUCAUUUUUGUAAGUUACUCUACCUUCAAAGCACCUGCAACACUUCAAAUAUUUUAGGAGUUUCAAAUAUUUUUCAGAGACCCAUCAAAGAGCUGUUUUUGCAAUCCAGCUCAGGCUAUAAAUGGCCUGCUGUGCUUUGUGGUAUUAGUCCAUGCUGCAUUCUUGUGGCGUUGAAAGCAAACAUUAGAGAAAUAACGACUUGCUCUUAAGCGCUAUUUUUCAAAGUUCAAGUCUGAACUUUUGAACUUUGUGUUCGAGGACUUUGGGAACUCAAGGCUGAAACAUCUGGGCCAAAAACAACCAAAUAUAGAACAGUGAGCAGAGUUUCUGAAGCUCUCUUUGAUGCUGGAGACUAAACUGCUGAUUUGAUUUUGUAUAAAGAAGCAGGUGAAACUGCAUAUAUAGUUUGAAAGUUUUCCCUUUAACAUUUGUUCAUGUUUAGUUUCUCCCCUGUGGUUAAUUUGUCCCAAUAAUCUAAUCUAACAUUUGUUUCAUUUUUCCCCAGAAUGGGAGUAGACGGACCCUUUGGCACAGCCAGCGAGGAUGUGUUUGACUAUGAGGUCGCUAUGCUGGUCGGCGCUGGCAUCGGUGUCACUCCAUUCGCCUCCAUCCUCAAGUCCAUCUGGUACAAGUUCAAAGACUCCAACCCCAAACUGCGCACCAGAAAGGUAACAACCCAAACACCUCCACAGUUUCACAGUCAGCCUGUUUCUUACAUUAAAACCUGUAAAUCAAUUCCACCAUCCUGACAAAGAGCCUAUUAUUGUUUCUAAAAUAAAGAACAAUGUGUGAUUUCACAAGACAGCCGCGUUAGAAGAGGAGUCAUCGGCUGCUCUUUCGUAAGAGGAUCAUUGUUCAGCAUGUCUGCAUCUGCUUCCUGGUUUUAGAUCUACUUCUAUUGGCUCUGCCGGGAAACACACGCCUUCGAAUGGUUCGUCGACCUCCUUCAGGUGCUGGAGAGAGAGAUGGAGGAGAGAGGCAUGGCGGAUUUCCUCACUUACAAACUCUUUCUGACCGGCUGGGAUCAAAGCCAUGUAAGAGAGUAAAUCAGUCGCCCUCUGGUCAAGUCCCUGUUCAAAGCCCAGAUGAACCCUGUGAUCUUGUCAUCCUUCACUCAGCUGUGCUCUCUCCUCUUUUUUUCCAUAGACUGACUAUGAGGGGGCAAACUUUGACAAGGACACAGAUGUGGUCACUGGGCUCAGACAGAAAACAAACUACGGCAGACCUGUAUGGGAUAAAGAGUUUGAACAAGUCCGCAAAGAAAACCCAACGUAAGACAAAAACCUUUGGUUCUAUUUUUCUCCACCAUUUCGUUUUUUGAUUUUGUAUAAAAUUUUGUAUUAAGUGCUGGAUGGAUUGUCUCGAACUAAUUCUUACAAGCGCUUAUAUCUUAAGCUACUAACAUCAUUAGCUCCUGUAAAGAACUUUCUGUUUGUUGAUUUUGGCGCCCCCUGUGGACAAAUCAGUCUUUGCUUAUUUUGUCCUCUACGUGCUUAACUUAUAUCUUUAGAGAAAAUCAGUCAUCUACCUCAGUGGUCCCCAACCUUUUUUGUACCAGGGACCAGUUUCAUGCAGGAAACUUUUUCCAAGGACCGGGUCGGGGCGUGGAGGUUCCGAUAACAAAAACCUUAAUCAGUACAUAGUAUGUAAUCUGGAUACAACAAUUACAUUUUAUAUUAGGCACUUUUCAUUACACUUUAACAUCAACUCACCAUAAUGCAGAAUCAACCCUUUUUCUCUCUCCAGUAAACUCUGUUUCUGGCUCAUUUUUGCCAGGGCUAGCUUGUGUUGCCGAUGCAGGAAAAUGAUGUGCUGAAGAGACAAGCGCGAUAGUGAGGCGAUGGCGGUAGUUGUGGUCUUUCAAAAUGAGAUACUGGGAGGAAGGAUGAAAAAAAAAAUGUAAUAAUCAUUAUUUUUUUGCGGCCUGGUACCAAAUGAUCCAGGUACCUGUACCGGUCCAGGGCCCAGGAUCGACUUGUUACGGUCACAUGUAUAGUUUAUUGUUUAUAUAAAAUGUGGAUAGUGUGGAAACAGGGCUGUUUAUGCAGCUGCUCUGCUGACACUUACCCCCUCACAUUGGUUUCAGGCACUAAUGAUAUGAAAAUGCCGUCACUCUAGCUGGUGAUGGGCUUGCUUGCUUUUGAAUAUCAUAAAAAAAGCAUCAAUCUGAAUUUUAGUCCAUUUCACAAACAUGAAAAAACUCCUCAAUGGAGCUUUAACCACCAAAAAUCUGUAAUUAGAGGCUGAAAAUCUGCAUUUUUAGAGCUUGUGCUAGCUGCUGUUUUCUUGGUAUAGCUCCACACAACUGUGCUGACACGGUCAAGCCAUUUCAAAACACCUUUACAUCCAUGUUAACAGAAGAUGAAGUAAUCUUGUUGAUUCAUAUCUUGAUCUCUAUCUGGCUUGCUGGUGUAACUUGAUGUCUAAGUAGCUCCUUGUGGUUUUACAGCAGUCUCUAAUACUACUUUGGUUUGAGAUCUGGAAGUGUUAACUCCCCUGUAAGAGGAGGUUAAAACUUAAUGAAAAAGAAUAAAACUUAAUAAAAACAUUUUACCUGGAUAAUUCACAGAUUUAGUACAGCCCCUCGAAGCAGUUAGCAUGGUUGAAUGUCUGUGUUUUGACUUGUAGAUUAAAAAACAGCGUAAAGAUUGGGUGAAUAAGAAACUAAUUUAACCUCAGAUCUUACUUUUCAUCCAUCUUAAUUUUCUUUCACUGUUUCCAGAGGUCGAGCUGGAUAAAGUAUUAAGUGUAAAGUCUUUAAAGUAAGUUUUUGAACUUGGAAUCUAACCCGAAUUUCUUUGCAAUGUUUUCAGGUCGGUGGUGGGAACUUUCCUAUGCGGCCCUGAAGCUCUGGCUAAAGUCUUGGAAAAGAAAUGCGCCAAAUACUCAGACGUAGAUCCCCGAAAGACCAAGUUUUACUUCAACAAGGAAAACUUCUGA